AUGUCACCUCCCACCAUGUCACCUUGCACCGGGGUAUCUACCGGUACUGCUGGGCCCAAGGAACCAGAAUGGCUAGCAUCUCUGUCACCAGAAACCGCCGCUUGCAUUCGCCGUCUACUCUCCUCCCCAGCUCCACCAAGCUUCAACCAGAUACCAAAGCGGAAACAAGCAGCGGUAGCCGUCAUCCUAUACGAAUCAAACACCUCUCCUACCGAGCUGAGAGUCAUCAUAACGACACGUGCCCUUCAUCUUCGCUCACAUGCAGGCCAAGCGUCACUACCCGGUGGCAAAGUAGACUGGACGGAUUCAAGCCUGAUAGAAACAGCGCUACGCGAAAGUGUUGAAGAGAUUGCACUUCCAACAUCAGAGGCUGUUUGGCUACACACUGGAUAUCCCUUCUUGUCUAAGAUGGGUCUGGUAGUGCAUCCAGUUGUGUUCUUUCUUAAAAACGGAGCUGAGUUGUUUCAGCGGUUGAGAGCAUCACCAUCGGAAGUGAGUGAUAUUUGGAGCACACCACUCUCUGUAUUCUUAUCUUCAAUUGCUUCCUCAGAACAACUAUCAGAUCCAAAAAGUGUAGACAAACAUAGACCACCUCAAGAAGCUUUCCGAACAUAUACCGACAUUCCAUGGCUAGGUGGCAACUACCGUCUUCACCGAUUCCGAAGUAGUCACCAACUGAUAAAAGGUUUGACAGCAGAUGUCUUGAUAAGUAUAGCCCAAAAGGCCUACGCGGUAAAAGCCAAGUACAGAGUCCAUGCCGACGGUCAAAAGACAUGGGAGCAGAUGGUGGAAACUGUCAUCCAGAGCUAUAACAAGGAGCAAGCCAGAAUCGAGUGUAGAUGGGGCGACGGAGAGUGUGGUGAUGUUCAGGGUAGUUCCGAGGCAUAUGAGACGUUCAUUGGGGUUGACGACGACGGUGAUGGUGCCAUGAUGGUGGAAGAGACACUGGAUACAUAG